AUGUCAAAUGAAUUACGGAGCGUAAUCGUAAGUUUUGAGCUCUCUGAAUACAGCGCCUGCAUCUCCUGUGGUUACUUGUGCCUCGAGAAGAGGGCAGAAGCAGUGAGCGCAAGGAGUAACCUCGACAUCACCGGCCGGCGGUCGAAGGGACAUCAGCUGGGAGAGGCCUGGCCGCUGUGUGCGUCUGGCGGCGACGCGGAGGAGCCCGGCGGAGCGCGACGGGACGGGGAGCGGCCGCGGUCCGUUUGCCGGUGCUGCACGUUUAAUACAUUCUUAUCGGAAGGGGCUCAUCACUUCGGGGGCUUCGGCGACGUGGUCCCCAUCAGAGCUGAACUGCGGCGUGAAGCCGUGUGUCCCAAGCUGACAGACUUGCUGCAGUGGUAUGCGGUCACCUUCAGAGACCCCAUGAUGCUCCAGCCCCCGGAGUGGUUUAAGGCGUUUAUCUAUUGCGAAGCCUUCUUGCAGAUGCCGUUCUUCCCCGUUGCGGCGUACGCCUUCUUUAAAGGGGGCUGCAAAUGGAUAAGGACUCCUGCGAUUAUCUACUCCACCCACGUCGCUACAACUCUGAUUGCCAUCCUCGCACACAUCCUGUUCCACGAUUUCUCCACGUCGGAGCAUCUGGGACCUCAGACGCAGCGCGAGCGCCUCGUUCUGCUCUCUGUCUACGCGCCGUACUUGCUGAUACCCCUGCUGAUUCUUUUCACCAUGCUCUCCAGCCCCCACUACAGCCUCGGGGAGAAAAGGAAAAGGAAGUAG